CGGACGCCUCGGUCCUCCGCAUCCAGCCUGGACGUGCGCCUCUGGGCGCCCUAGCCGCCCCUAGCUCCGGAGGCCCGCAGCCAUGAGCGAAAUGUCCAGCUUUCUUCACAUCGGGGACAUCGUCUCCCUGUACGCCGAGGGCUCGGUCAAUGGCUUCAUCAGCACUUUGGGGCUGGUGGAUGACCGCUGUGUGGUGGAGCCUGCUGCUGGGGACCUGGACAACCCCCCUAAGAAGUUCCGAGACUGCCUCUUCAAGGUGUGCCCCAUGAGCCGCUACUCGGCCCAGAAGCAGUACUGGAAGGCCAAGCAGACCAAGCAGGACAAGGAGAAGAUCGCAGACGUGGUGCUGCUGCAGAAGCUGCAGCACGCAGCCCAGAUGGAGCAGAAGCAGAACGACACGGAGAACAAGAAGGUGCACGGGGACGUGGUGAAGUACGGCAGCGUCGUGCAGCUCCUGCACAUGAAGAGCAACAAGUACCUGACGGUGAACAAGCGGCUGCCGGCCCUGCUGGAGAAGAACGCCAUGCGGGUGACGCUCGACGCCACGGGCAACGAGGGCUCCUGGCUCUUCAUCCAGCCCUUCUGGAAGCUGCGGAGCAACGGGGACAACGUGGUCGUGGGGGACAAGGUGAUCCUGAAUCCGGUCAACGCGGGGCAGCCUCUGCACGCCAGCAACUACGAGCUCAGUGACAACGCCGGCUGCAAGGAGGUCAACUCCGUGAACUGCAACACCAGCUGGAAGAUCAACCUGUUUAUGCAGUUCCGGGACCACCUGGAGGAGGUGUUGAAAGGGGGAGAUGUGGUGCGGCUGUUCCACGCGGAGCAGGAGAAAUUCCUGACGUGUGACGAGUACAAGGGCAAGCUGCAGGUGUUCCUGCGCACCACACUGCGCCAGUCCGCCACCUCGGCCACCAGUUCCAACGCCCUCUGGGAGGUGGAGGUGGUCCACCAUGACCCCUGCCGUGGAGGAGCUGGCCACUGGAACGGCCUGUACCGCUUCAAGCACCUGGCCACGGGCAACUACCUGGCUGCGGAGGAGAACCCCAGCUACAAAGGCGAUGCCUCGGAUCCCAAGGCGGCAGGAGCGGGUGCCCAGGGCCGCACAGGCCGCAGGAACGCCGGGGAGAAGAUCAAGUACCGCCUGGUGGCCGUGCCCCACGGCAACGACAUCGCCUCCCUCUUCGAGCUGGAUCCCACCACGCUGCAGAAAACCGAUUCCUUUGUGCCCCGGAACUCCUACGUGCGGCUGCGGCACCUGUGCACCAACACAUGGAUCCAGAGCUCCAACGUGCCCAUCGACAUCGAGGAGGAGCGGCCCAUCCGGCUCAUGCUGGGCACCUGCCCCACCAAGGAGGACAAGGAGGCCUUUGCCAUCGUGUCGGUGCCCGUGUCUGAGAUUCGCGACCUGGACUUUGCCAACGAUGCCAGCUCCAUGCUGGCCAGCGCCGUGGAGAAGCUCAGCGAAGGCUUCAUCAGCCAGAAUGACCGCAGGUUUGUCAUUCAGCUGCUGGAGGACCUAGUGUUUUUUGUCAGCGACGUCCCCAACAAUGGGCAGAACGUGCUGGACGUCAUGGUCACCAGGCCCAACCGGGAGCGGCAGAAGCUGAUGAGGGAGCAGAACAUCCUCAAACAGAUCUUCGGCAUUCUGAAGGCCCCGUUCCGCGACAAGGGGGGUGAGGGCCCCCUGGUGCGGCUGGAGGAGCUGUCAGACCAGAAGAAUGCCCCGUACCAGCACAUGUUCCGCCUCUGCUACCGCGUGCUGCGCCACUCCCAGGAGGACUACCGCAAGAACCAGGAGCACAUUGCCAAGCAGUUUGGGAUGAUGCAGUCCCAGAUCGGCUACGACAUCCUGGCCGAGGACACCAUCACCGCGCUCCUGCACAACAACCGCAAACUGCUGGAGAAGCACAUCACCAAGACCGAGGUGGAGACCUUCGUCAGCCUCGUGCGCAAGAACCGCGAGCCCAGGUUCCUGGACUACCUCUCUGACCUGUGCGUGUCCAACCACAUCGCCAUCCCCGUGACGCAGGAGCUCAUCUGCAAGUGUGUGCUGGACCCCAAGAACAGCGACAUCCUCAUCCAGACCGAGCUGCGGCCCGUGAAGGAGAUGGCACAGUCGCAUGAGUACCUGAGCAUCGAGUACUCGGAGGAGGAAGUGUGGCUCACGUGGACCGACAAGAAUAAUGAGCACCACGAGAAGAGCGUGAGGCAGCUGGCCCAGGAGGCGCGCGCCGGCAACGCCCACGACGAGAACGUGCUCAGCUACUACAGGUACCAGCUGAAGCUCUUCGCCCGCAUGUGCCUGGAUCGGCAGUACCUGGCCAUCGACGAGAUCUCCCAGCAGCUGGGCGUGGACCUCAUCUUCCUGUGCAUGGCCGACGAGAUGCUGCCCUUCGACCUGCGCGCCUCCUUCUGCCACCUGAUGCUGCGCGUGCACGUGGACCGCGACCCGCAGGAGCUGGUGACGCCCGUCAAGUUCGCCCGUCUCUGGACUGAGAUCCCCACAGCCAUCACCAUCAAGGACUAUGAUUCCAACCUCAACGCCUCGCGAGACGACAAGAAGCACAAGUUCGCCAGCACCAUGGAGUUCGUGGAGGACUACCUCAACAGCGUCGUCAGCGAGGCCGUGCCCUUCGCCAACGAGGAGAAGAACAAGCUCACCUUCGAGGUGGUCAGCCUGGCGCACAAUCUCAUCUACUUCGGCUUCUACAGCUUCAGCGAGCUGCUGCGGCUCACUCGCACACUGCUCAGCAUCAUCGACUGCGUGCAGGGGCCCCCGGCCAUGCUGCAGGCCUACGAGGACCCAGGAGGCAAGAAUGUGCGGCGCUCCAUCCAGGGCGUGGGCCACAUGAUGUCCACCAUGGUGCUCAGCCGCAAGCAGUCUGUCUUCGGCGGCCCCGGCCUGCCCGCUGGCGCUGGCACCGCGGAGCCGCUGGACCGGAGCAAGUUCGAGGAGAAUGAGGACAUCGUGGUGAUGGAGACCAAGCUGAAGAUCCUGGAGAUCCUACAGUUCAUCCUUAACGUCCGCCUGGACUACCGCAUCUCCUACCUGCUGUCUGUCUUCAAGAAGGAGUUCGUGGAGGUGUUCCCCAUGCAGGACAGCGGCGCGGACGGCACGGCCCCCGCCUUCGACUCCACCACCGCCAACAUGAACCUGGACCGCAUUGGGGACCAGGCGGAGGCCAUGUUUGGAGUGGGGAAGAGCAGCAGCAUGCUGGAAGUGGACGACGAGGGCGGCCGCAUGUUCCUGCGGGUGCUCAUCCACCUGACCAUGCACGACUACGCCCCGCUCGUCUCGGGCGCCCUCCAGCUGCUCUUCAAGCACUUCAGCCAGCGCCAGGAGGCCAUGCACACGUUCAAGCAGGUGCAGCUGCUCAUCUCAGCCCAGGACGUGGAGAACUACAAGGUGAUCAAGUCCGAGCUGGACCGGCUGCGGACCAUGGUGGAGAAGUCAGAGCUGUGGGUGGACAAGAAGGGCAGUGGCAAGGGCGAGGAGGUGGAGGCGGGGGCCGCCAAGGACAAGAAGGAGCGGCCCAUGGAUGAGGAGGGCUUCCUGCCCCCAGCCGGGGAGAAGAGCAGCGAGAACUACCAGAUCGUCAAGGGCAUCCUGGAGCGGCUGAACAAGAUGUGCGGGGUCGGCGAGCAGAUGAGGAAGAAGCAGCAGCGGCUGCUCAAGAACAUGGACGCCCACAAGGUCAUGCUGGACCUGCUGCAGGUCCCCUACGACAAGGGUGACGCCAAGAUGAUGGAGAUCCUGCGCUACACGCACCAGUUCCUGCAGAAGUUCUGUGCGGGGAACCCGGGCAACCAGGCCCUGCUGCACAAGCACCUGCACCUCUUCCUCACGCCGGGGCUCCUGGAGGCGGAGACCAUGCAGCACAUCUUCCUGAACAACUACCAGCUGUGCUCGGAGAUCAGUGAGCCCGUGCUGCAGCACUUCGUGCACCUGCUGGCCACCCACGGGCGCCACGUGCAGUACCUGGACUUCCUGCACACCGUCAUCAAGGCCGAGGGCAAGUACGUCAAGAAGUGCCAGGACAUGAUCAUGACCGAGCUGACCAACGCAGGGGACGACGUGGUUGUGUUCUACAAUGACAAGGCCUCACUGGCCCACCUGCUGGAGAUGAUGAAGGGAGCCCGGGACGGCGUGGAGGACCAGAGCCCCCUCAUGUACCACAUCUCCCUGGUGGACCUGCUGGCCGCCUGCGCCGAGGGCAAGAACGUCUACACGGAGAUCAAGUGCACCUCCCUGCUGCCCCUGGAGGAUGUGGUGUCGGUGGUCACGCACGAGGACUGCAUCACCGAGGUGAAAAUGGCCUAUGUGAACUUCGUGAACCACUGCUACGUGGACACGGAGGUGGAGAUGAAGGAGAUCUACACCAGCAACCACAUCUGGACGCUCUUCGAAAGCUUCACCCUGGACAUGGCUCGGGUGUGCAGUAAGCGGGAGAAGCGGCUGGCCGACCCCACCCUCGAGAAGUACGUGCUGACCGUGGUGCUGGACACGGUCCACGCCUUCUUCAGCUCCCCGUUCUCCGAGAACAGUACCUCCCUGCAGACGCACCAGACGAUCGUGGUCCAGCUGCUGCAGUCCACCAUGCGGCUGCUCGAGUGUCCGUGGCUGCAGCAGCAGCACAAGGGCUCGGUGGAGGCCUGCAUCCGGACCCUCGCCAUGGUGGCCAAGAGUCGGGCCAUCCUGCUGCCCAUGGACCUGGAUGCCCACAUCAGCUCGCUGCUGAGCAGCGGGGCCAGCUGUGCGGCUGCCGCCCAGCGGAACGCAUCCAACUACAAGGCAGCCACACGGGCCUUCCCCCGUGUCGCCCCCACCGCCAACCAGUGGGACUACAAGAACAUCAUCGAGAAGCUGCAGGACAUCAUCACAGCCCUGGAGGAGCGGCUGAGGCCCCUGGUGCAGGCGGAGCUGUCCGUGCUGGUGGACGUCCUGCACUGGCCCGAGCUGCUCUUCCUGGAGGGCAGCGAAGCCUACCAGCGCUGCGAGAGUGGCGGCUUCCUGUCCAAGCUGAUCCAGCACACCAAGGACCUCAUGGAGUCCGAGGAGAAGCUGUGCAUCAAGGUGCUGCGCACCCUGCAGCAGAUGCUGCUCAAGAAGGCCAAGUACGGGGAGCGGGGCAACCAGCUGCGCAAGAUGCUGCUGCAGAACUACCUGCAGAACCGGAAGUCCAGCUCACGGGGGGACCUUCCGGACCCCAUGGGCAUUGGCCUGGACCAAGACUGGUCAGCCAUUGCGGCCACCCAGUGCCGGCUGGACAAGGAGGGGGCCACCAAGCUGGUGUGUGACCUCAUCACCAGUACCAAGAACGAGAAGAUCUUCCAGGAGAGCAUCGGCCUGGCCAUCCGCCUGCUAGACGGUGGCAACACGGAGAUCCAGAAAUCCUUCUACAACCUGAUGACCAGCGACAAGAAGUCGGAGCGCUUCUUCAAGGUGCUGCAUGACCGCAUGAAGCGGGCGCAGCAGGAGACCAAGUCCACGGUGGCCGUGAACAUGAACGACCUGGGCAGCCAGCCACGGGAGGACCCCACGGCCAAAGGUCAGGGCCUGGGGGCCGGGCCGGGAGGCGGGGCUGGUGCUCCAGCCGACGCCCCUCCUCACCGGGCCUCGCCCCCUGCAGGCCGGGUGGCUUCCUUCUCCAUGCCCAGCUCCUCCUCCCGCUACUCGCUGGGCCCCAGCCUGCCCCGGGGGCACGAGGUGGGUGAGCGCGUGCAGAGCGAGAUGGGCACCUCCGUGCUCAUCAUGCAGCCCAUCCUGCGCUUCCUGCAGCUGCUGUGCGAGAACCACAACCGGGACCUGCAGAACUACCUGCGCUGUCAGAACAACAAGACCAACUACAACCUGGUGUGCGAGACCCUGCAGUUCCUGGACAUCAUGUGCGGCAGCACCACGGGGGGCCUGGGGCUGCUGGGGCUCUACAUCAACGAGGACAACGUGGGCCUGGUCAUCCAGACCUUGGAGACCCUCACCGAGUACUGCCAGGGCCCCUGCCACGAGAACCAGACCUGCAUCGUGACGCACGAGUCCAACGGCAUAGACAUCAUCACCGCCCUGAUCCUCAAUGACAUCAGCCCCCUGUGCAAGUACCGCAUGGAUCUGGUGCUGCAGCUCAAGGACAACGCCUCCAAGCUGCUGUUGGCACUGAUGGAGAGCCGGCACGACAGUGAGAACGCCGAGCGCAUCCUCAUUAGCCUGCGGCCCCAGGAGCUGGUGGACGUCAUCAAGAAGGCCUACCUGCAGGAGGAGGAGCGUGAGAACUCGGAGGUGAGCCCACGGGAAGUGGGCCACAACAUCUACAUCCUGGCACUGCAGCUCUCCAGGCACAACAAACAGCUGCAGCACCUGCUGAGGCCCGUGAGGCGCAUCCAAGAGGAGGAAGCCGAGGGCAUCUCUUCCAUGCUCAGCCUCAACAACAAGCAGCUGUCACAGAUGCUCAAGUCCUCGGCGCCCGCGCAGGAGGAGGAAGAGGACCCCCUGGCCUACUACGAGAACCACACGUCGCAGAUCGAGAUCGUGCGGCAGGACCGCAGCAUGGAGCAGAUCGUGUUCCCGGUGCCUGGCAUCUGCCAGUUCCUGACGGAGGAGACCAAGCACCGGCUCUUCACCACCACCGAGCAGGACGAGCAGGGCAGCAAAGUGAGCGACUUCUUCGACCAGUCCUCCUUCCUGCACAACGAGAUGGAGUGGCAGCGCCGGCUCCGCAGCAUGCCGCUCAUCUACUGGUUCUCGCGCCGCAUGACCCUGUGGGGCAGCAUCUCCUUCAACCUGGCCGUGUUCAUCAACAUCAUCAUCGCCUUCUUCUACCCUUACGUGGAGGGCGCCUCCACAGGCGUGCUGGGCUCCCCGCUCAUGUCGCUGCUCUUCUGGAUCCUCAUCUGCUUCUCCAUCACGGCCCUGUUCACCAAGCGCUACAGCAUCCGCCCGCUCAUCGUGGCGCUCAUCCUGCGCUCCAUCUACUACCUGGGCAUCGGGCCCACGCUCAACAUCUUGGGCGCCCUCAACCUGACCAACAAGAUCGUGUUUGUGGUGAGCUUCGUGGGCAACCGUGGCACCUUCAUCCGUGGCUACAAGGCCAUGGUCAUGGACGUGGAAUUCCUCUACCACGUGGGCUACAUCCUGACCAGUGUCCUGGGCCUCUUUGCCCAUGAGCUCUUCUACAGCAUCCUGCUCUUUGACCUCAUCUACCGGGAGGAGACGCUGUUCAACGUCAUCAAGAGCGUGACCCGCAACGGCCGCUCCAUCCUGCUCACGGCGCUGCUGGCGCUCAUCCUGGUCUACCUCUUCUCCAUCGUGGGCUUCCUCUUCCUCAAGGACGACUUCAUCCUGGAGGUCGACCGGCUGCCUAGCAACCACUCCAGAGCCAGCCCCCUAGCGAUGCCACACGGAGCUGCCGCGUUUGUGGGCACGUGCAGCGGGGACAAGAUGGACUGUGUCUCCGGAGUGUCGGUGCCCGAGGCCCUGGAAGAAGAUGGGGAGCCGGACAGCACGGAGCGGGCCUGCGACACUCUGCUGAUGUGCAUCGUCACGGUCAUGAACCACGGGCUGCGCAAUGGAGGCGGCGUGGGCGACAUCCUCCGCAAGCCCUCCAAAGAUGAGUCUCUGUUCCCAGCCCGCGUGGUCUACGACCUGCUGUUCUUCUUCAUCGUCAUCAUCAUCGUGCUGAACCUCAUCUUCGGCGUGAUCAUCGACACCUUCGCCGACCUGCGCAGUGAGAAGCAGAAGAAGGAGGAGAUCCUCAAGACCACCUGCUUCAUCUGCGGUCUGGAGAGGGACAAGUUUGACAACAAGACGGUGUCGUUCGAGGAGCACAUCAAGCUGGAGCACAACAUGUGGAACUACCUGUACUUCAUCGUGCUGGUCCGCGUCAAGAACAAGACCGACUACACCGGCCCCGAGAGCUACGUGGCCCAGAUGAUCAAGAAUAAGAACCUGGACUGGUUCCCCCGGAUGCGAGCCAUGUCCCUCGUGAGCAACGAGGGUGAGGGGGAACAGAACGAGAUCCGCAUUCUUCAGGACAAGCUCAACUCCACCAUGAAGCUGGUGUCCCACCUCACCACCCAGCUCAACGAGCUCAAGGAGCAGAUGACCGAGCAGCGGAAACGCAGGCAGCGCCUGGGCUUUGUGGAUGUGCAGAACUGCAUGAGCCGCUGAAGACGCCCGGAGGCCCUGACCAGGACGGCCAACGCCGGGGCUGUGCCCGGGCAUGCUGCCCACUCCCCCGGGCCAGGGGGCCCAGCCAGCCAGGUGGCCUUUCAAGGCCAGGGACCCACCCAGGGUCUAGCUCCUGCCUGCCAGACCUCCCCCCCAGCCCACCCCAGGCUGAGGCCAGCACGGAGGGGGAGCCUCAGAGCUGGUGGUCCUGCCUCGAGCCCUCAAGUCCACUGGGACUCAGUUUACCUUAAUGCCUUAGAAGUCCCGGUGACCUGCGUUCCUUCGGGCAGUGCCUGCCGGUCCCGUGGCACCCCCGCGGCGUCAGCAGUGGGCUCCCCUUUCCUCUCCAAGCACUACAUUUCGCUGCUGCUGCCUCUGGGGAGGUGGUGGCGGUGCUGUCACUAAGCGACUUUAGGGCUUAGUUAUUUAACUUAUUCCAAGGUGCCCUGCUCAGCCCUGUCGCCCAGGUGUCCUGGUGACUCAAAGACGGGCAGCCUUUACCCCAGGACCUGCCUCUCCCUGGGCCAGCCGCACGGGCUGAGCACUGCGAGUGGCUGUUUGUUGACUGCCUGUUUUUUCUCCUUUGGGUGUAUUGUUUUACAAGUCUUUUGUCUCGAGAACUAAUGUUAAUUGCCUUAAAUAAAUUAAUAGAAAUAAACCCAGCUCAUUAAAAAGGAGUGCAUGUCCUGCCUGUACUCCCCCACGGGCCUCGCCUGCGGCCACGAUGCUCCUCAGGCUCAUGGGAGGGGCUCACAGCGCGUGGCGACACAGUUCCCACCAUCCCCUCCGUGUUUAUUCCACAGAUUUCACAGUACACAGCCUCUUCUCUGGGCCGUGU